AUGGACGGCUUCUUCCGCACUACCCCGUUUGGCCAGCUCCUACGGCUUUGUUCUAAGAACUCCCUACUUCGAUACCCCGACGAGGUCGAUUCCACUCUGUGGAAAGCAUUCGCUGAACAAGCCAAAGUAUCUGUAACGUCCCCGAAUGAGAAGAUAGGUAGCGAAGAUGGAGCAGUACCGCUUCAAUCGUCUAUUCCAGAUGGGCAAAGCCAAACGUUGAAUAACGAAGGCGAUAUCUUCCUAGUCGGCCGGUAUGGUCCUCACGACCCGGAAAACCCGCAUAACUGGCCUUACAAAUGUAAGCUCCUGACGCUGUCGCAGAUGUUCGUCCUCAACUUCUGCAUCUACAUUGGGAGUUCCAUAUACGUCCCUGGCGAGGCCAGCAUCAUGUAUGAGUUCGGUGUGAGCGAGACGGUCGCUACGCUAGGAUUGUCGAUGUACACGGUUGGUUACGGACUGGGCCCCAUGCUGUGGUCCCCUCUCUCCGAGGUCCCUGUCAUCGGACGAAGCAGCAUCUUCUUCUGGACCCUCGCCAUCUUCGUGAUCCUCCAACUCGGCGUCGGCUUCGCGCCCAACAUGGCCACGUUCCUCAUCUUCCGGACAUUGACGGGCUUCUUCGGUAGUCCGUGUCUUGCCACGGGUCCCAUAAUUGGCGGAUACAUUGCCCCUGUCAAAGGCUGGACAUGGACGAUCUGGAUCUUCACCUGGCUCUGCACGCUCGUUCUGCUAACCAUGUUCUUCCUCCUCCCCGAAACCAGCACGUCACACAUCCUGCACGCCCGCGCCGCCCGCAUCCGCCGCUUCACCUCCUGCCGACGCUUCAAAAGCCAGUCCGAGAUAGACACCGCGUCCAACACGCCGCGCGACCACCUGCAUGUGCUCAGUCGCGCAUUCACCCUCACCUUCACGGAGCCCAUUGUCAUCCUCAUGGACCUCUACACCGGUCUCGCGUUCCUAGGCAUAUUCGUAGGGUCCGUCAUCGCUGCGCCCCUGCUCAUAAUUUGGCUCCGGGGAAGCAUAGUCCCCAGGAUAAAUAGCCCAAAAUUUACACCAGAGAUGUUACUACCGCCUGCUUUCUUCGGCUGCCUCGCCUUCCCCGCCUGCCUCUUCUGGUACGGCUUCUCGUCUCGCGCAGACGUGCACUGGAUCGUCCCCGUCUCGGGAACCGCCCUCUUCGGCGUCGGCAUCGUGACACUAUUCAACAGCGUCUUCAAUUACCUUGCGUUUUCCUAUCCAACCGAAUCCGCGUCCGUGUUCGCGGGCAACGCGCUGUUCCGCGCGGCGUUUGGGGCUAGCUUUCCACUGUUUGCGACGGCUUUUUUUGGGCGUCUGGGAAUUGGCAAGAGCAAUGCGGUGUUGGGUUGUAUUGCGGCGGUGUUCGUGCCGGUGACGGGGGGGCUGUAUAUGUGCGGAGGGAGGGUGAGAGGGUGGAGUCGGAGUGCGAGACGGGAUUGGUAA